AUGACAGAGAAAAAGGAGGAGAUGGUUUAUAUCGAGGAUAAAUCCGGCUCGUGUGCCGGAGAUGAGAAAACUGACCAUGGGAUGGCUGCUGCUGCGACAGACGAGGAACACAACCUGACUCUGAUGCAAGCUCUGAGGAAGUACCCUCAGGCUUGCUUCUGGUCCAUCGCCAUCUCGAGCGCUAUCAUUAUGGAGGGAUAUGAUAUCGUCCUGAUCUAUUCCUUCUUUGGACAGCCAGCAUUCGUCAAGAAGUAUGGCGAAUAUGAUGCUGCAACAGGAAAGUACACACUCUCGGCUGCCUGGCAAGCAGGUCUGGGCAAUGGCACGCAGAUCGGCACAGUCAUUGGUGCCUUCCUCAACGGCUAUCUUACCCACAAGUUUGGCUAUCGCAAGGUCAUGAUCGCAUCUCUUCUCAGUCUGCUCGCGUUCAUCUUCAUUCCGUUCUUCGCCCCAUCCGUUGAGGUCAUCUUAAUCGGCCAGAUUCUUUGUGNNGGUGAAAUCCCUUGGGGCGUGUUUGCAACGAUGGCGCCAGCAUACGCAAGCGAAGUCUGCCCAACCGUACUACGUGGCUACCUCACAGUCUAUGUCAACCUUACUUGGGCCUUUGGCCAACUCGUCGGCGCAGGUGUACAAUCCGGUGUGUCGGGUAUCACAACAGAAUGGGCAUACAGGAUUCCCUUUGCAAUUCAAUGGGCUUGGCCUUUGCCAAUCGCCGUAUUGGCCUACUUCGCUCCUGAAUCACCCUGGCAUCUCAUUCGUACUGGCAAUGACGAAGGCGCUUUACGCUCCAUCAAGCGCUUGUCUCCGACCAAAACUGAGUGUGAGCAUAAGGCUCAGCUUGCGAUGAUGCAACACACGAAUCAGCUUGAAAUGGACAUCAGCGCAGGCACAUCCUACUGGGACUGCUUCAAGGGCAUUGAUCGUCGCCGUACUGAGAUUGUAUGCAUGGUAUGUAGCCNNUUUGCUGCUCAACCUUUCUGUGGCAGCGCCAUGGGUGGCACCCCUACAUACUUCUUCAUCCAAGCUGGGCUUCCUACGUCCAUUUCAUUCAAAAUGACUGUAGGUGGCCUCGGCAUGGCUUCCGUCGGCACCAUCAUCUCGUGGUAUCUCCUGUCCGCUUUCGGCCGUCGCACCCUAUACCUCUGGGGCUUGGGUCUACUCAUCAUCGUCCUCACCACGACCGGUGCCAUCAGUGCUGCAGACGCCACCAGUGUAGCUGGCAACUACGCACAAGCUGUUAUGAUGCUUAUGUGGCUCUUCAUCUACUACCUCACCGUAGGCCCAAUCUGCUAUGCCAUUGUCGGCGAGACCUCAGCAACCCGCCUCCGCAACAAGAGUGUCUGUCUUGCUAGAAUCGCUUACUAUAUCGCCAACAUUACUUGCGGCGCUAUCAAUCCUUACCUCUUGAACCCAACCGCACUCAACUUGAAAGGAAAAGCUGGGUUCUUCUGGGCCGGAACGACGCUGAUUUUCUUCCUUUGGACCUUCUUCAGACUUCCAGAGUGCAAAGGACGUACCUAUGAAGAGUUGGAUGUGCUGUUUGCCAACAAGGUCAGGACGCGAGAGUUCAGAAAGUUCAAUGUCAACGUGUAUGCCGAGGNNGACGGAGAGACUCUUGUCAAGCAAGAGUAG